ACGGCAAGGAGUUUCGAUCAUGCGACCAUUCAAACCGUGUCCGAAUAAAUGAAUUAUGUAGUAUGAUUGUGUUACUCAUUUGUUUGAUUAUAAAUAGUGUUGUUAGAAUGAAGAUUUAGAAUCAAUCUUGUUGAGCACAAAGUGAGCAGUUUUGGGGCAUAGCUGUGCUGUGUAUUGUCCUCUUCAUUCUUACAAAGUGAGUAGUUUUGAGGUAGUGUCUGUUUUUCUCUCCAUCUUGAUGUGUGUGUAACAGUACUCUUUCCAUGGAAUUGAGUGGGAAAAGUAUUGGAGUGAUUAAAUUACUAUUUAACUUCUACAAAUCAACUCUCAACAUUUCUAAAGUUUCACCACUUACUCUGAUUUUGUGGGACCAGGCCAGACUUUGUUAAAGCAACUAACUCACUUCUCUUUCUUUUCUUCCCCAACACUUUACCUUCUUUCAAGAUUCCCCUAGCCUCUUCUUAGCUCCCUCCAUCAGCCCCAUAUCAUUACCCCAUCUAUCUAUAUUGUUGCCAAAAACAGUCAAGAAACUAUAAUUUACAUGAUCAUGAGCUAUACCUUUUAAUCUAUUAAUAUAAGUAUAUCUGAGUUGGUUUUACUGUUGAUCAACUUUACUCAUAGUUAGUUUUGAAUUUAUUAUUAGGUUGGUGUCAUGCGGCAUGUUGGCUGGCUUUUACAUUUAUGGAACCAAACUUUCCAAAUGACUACUUAUUUCAACCAUCAUCAUUAUCAUCAUAAUCCAGCCACAGUUUUGCUCUCUCUAUUCUUCUUUCUUCUACUUGCCAUGGCGGAUCACCCGCGAAGAAUUUUGAGAUCGUCAUCGUCUUCGUUGGAAGAAGCUCAUGAGGUCAUCGACAAGACGGCCCGUAGAGAGUCUUCGUCAUUAUCGUUUUCCCCAAUGGUGCCACCCCAAGAAAAUCUAAAGGCCGGGACAAGGAUCCAUAACAGAAACCGCAACAGUAACAGCAACGGCAACAGGAAUAGCGUUAUUGUUCCAUCAUCAUCACCAUUUUUGGGUAAAAAUGGUUGCGGCAGCUUCUGCUUCAAUGCCAGUGCUCAUGAAGUUCCUAGUGGCCCAAACCCUAUUUCCAAUAGGUAGGUAUUAUUAUGUGAUAAUAAUUGCUCGGUGAGCUGUUUAAAACCUGCAGGUGCCCUUUUGUUUCUUAGCCGGAUUGGUGAUUAAUUAUUGACACCAUUAUUAUGUGAGGUUCUCAAUUAUAGUGUAUGAGACGAUUUUGUAGAAAAUAUUUUUGGGAUUUAUACAAAUGUGUAUUAUUAUACGUGUAUUUGUUUUCCAAAAGGAAAAAUAAAGAAAAUGAAUGUUUAGAAGUUGGAUCAGAUCUCCAUCAUAUCAUACUAUUAUUAAUCAUUAUGAAUGUAUUUU